CCGCUAUGAAGCGACAAGCGUUCCACGGCCUUGGACUAUAUAAUCUUCUUGAUGUCCUUGAGGACGUCGAUCCUUUUCGUCUCUAUUUUCAGACUCAAGUCAGACUCAAGUCACUCGUCGCAUCUCUUAGGUCCAAUUCUCUGGUUACGAACAGGCUUCAAUUGCCUCCAACUUCAAUACCUUUUACCUUCUACUUCACUGAAUAACGGACUAUUUCUCUCAACAUGGUUGCUGGUGGAGUUGCCGUAGGUGGCGACCUGGACUUGUCUUAUGGUCCUGCAGGCUACAAGGGACUCAUCAAAGAGCCUUUCAUCUUCUUCAUAUCAUGCUUUGCCAGUAUUGGCGGGGUGCUCUUUGGUUAUGAUCAGGGUGUCAUCUCCGGAGUCUUGGUCAUGAACAACUUCGGCAAACACUUCCCACUCCUCGCCAACGACGCUACCCUUCAGGGCUGGAUGGUCGCCGUCCUCACCCUUGGAGCCAUGUUCGGAGCUUUCGCGAACGGACCGAUUGCCGAUCGUAUCUCUCGUCGAUGGGAUCUUCUCCUUGCCAAUGGUGUGUUCCUUGUGGGAUCCGUGAUUCAAUGUGCUGCUGUGAACAUACCCAUGAUCUUCAUCGGACGAUUCAUCGCCGGUCUUGCGAUCGGUCAAUUGUCCAUGGUUGUCCCUCUGUACUUAGGAGAACUCGCACCUCCUAAUAUCCGUGGGAGUCUGGUUGCUCUUCAACAACUUGGAAUUACUGUCGGAAUCAUGAUUGCCUUCUGGCUCGACUACGGAACACAGCAUAUUGGUGGAACGGGCGACGGACAAAGUCAAGCGGCAUGGAGGUUUCCACUUGCUCUGCAAUGUUUGCCAUCUGCCAUUCUUGCAGCUGGAACAUUCUUCCUCCCAUACAGCCCUCGAUGGCUCAUGAGCAAAGGCCGCGAAGAAGAAGUCAUGGCAACACUCUGUCGCAUCCGUCGAGUCCCUGCUUCCGACCCACGCCUCAAGCUUGAAUUCCUCGAUAUCAAAGCAGCCUGCAUCUUCGAUCAAGAAUCCGUAGCUGCACGCUUCCCUGGCAUCAAUUCUCGAUUUACACUCGCCCUUAAGCAGUACCAAGAACUUUUCGUUGUCCGCCAUCUUAAUAGACGAUUAGUAAUUGCCUGUCUACUUCAGAUUAUCCAGCAAUUUACCGGAAUCAAUGCCAUUAUCUAUUAUGCCCCGCAGAUCUUCACCGCUAUCGGGCUCACUGGUAACUCGGUUGAUUUACUUGCCACAGGAGUAGUGGGUAUCAUCAACUUCUUUUCUACGAUUCCAGCGAUCAUGUUCCUUGAUAGAUGGGGACGAAGAAAGGUUCUCAUUAUUGGGGCAAUCAAUAUGAGUAUCGGACACCUGAUUGUUGGCACACUGUUCGCCAUCUACCAACACAGCUGGGACGCCCAUCGCAGUGCGGGUUGGGCUGCUGCUGUCUUUGUUUGGUUCUUCAUCGCGAACUUCGCUUUCAGCAUUGGUUGCGUGAACUGGAUCAUGCCCUCAGAAAUGUUUCCUCCAGGCGUAAGAUCGAAGGCUGUCGGUGUCGCAAUCUCAACUAAUUGGCUCACGAACUUCAUCGUAGCCCUAAUCACACCUCGUAUGCUAAAGUCGAUCACCUUCGGAACCUUCUAUUUUUUCCUCGUCUUUUGCCUGAUCCUAAUCGUCUGGGUCUAUUUCUGCGUUCCUGAGACUAAAGGAUUGAGAAUCGAAGAGAUGGAUCUUAUUUUUGGCGGCAAUCAGGGAGUAGAGGAUGUGAGGAGAAUUGAGGAUAUCAGGAGGAGAUUGGGAAUGACUGUUGUUGGUGACAGGGACACUGAUGAUUUCAAAGAGGAGGAGGUGGAGGGGAAUAAAGGCAUGGGCAUGGAGGUUAGUCAUCAUGAGGCUUAGGCUGCGUGGGGGAGCCAAGAGAAGAGAGGGAAGCACGGGUCACGGAUUCGGAGAUUUAUAUUCGAGUAAGUAAAUCACACAUCAUCAAUCAAUUGUAUCCACACG